AUGUUUCGCAAGUGCAUAAACUUGCCGCUAAAACGACUGUGGGUCUGUCAUCAACCCAGUCCAUUCAUCCAGCCCUGGCCACUGGUCCAGAGCAAUGGAUCUCCAUUUAGUAAGCAGUCAUCGCCUACCUUCUUCCAGGACGACCCUCCAAUGUCCUACGACAUUCGCACCAGCGAUCUCAGCCGAACGGGCUCUUCAUCAUCGAUAAGACAGGUUCCACAGAAGGUGCGCAUUGUGGGCGAAGUUCACAGCCUCAAAGUCUGUGGAUACGAACAGCCUGGCAACUGCCUAUUUAUCAGUCAGAAAGGACGCCUCUACCACAAGGAAUCGGGCAGGGGCAGAAGGGAAUCUCGCGCAGACGUAUGGGAACGAGCUCGGCAUUUUAAGGAACGAUCCAAUAGCAAGGUCAGCAAUCGCCUGAAGGAACUGAUGACCGAGGGUGUUGACGGGUUAGACAAGGGAAUAAAGAAAAACGAAAGGAUUAACCAGAUAAGGCGGUCUCCCAAACAAAAAUACUCGAAGAGUCCCUCUUACAGCUCAUAUAUUGAUGAUAAGGCGGCAUACCUCGAGUUUCAGGAACCCAAACGAACAUUCAGGAAUUUUGUUACCAUGCUCAUGGCAAAGGGUAGAAAGGUAAGACAGCAAUUGCAGGAGGGCAAGGAUGCCGACCGCCUGAGAUAUCACUCUGGGAACAAGGAUCUAAUGCAGCACUAUCACUAUAAAUCUAAAAGGCCAAUUAUGCAAAGGAAGCUAAGGGCAAAGCCAAAAGCUCCAAAGGCCAAGUAUAAAGACGACUCGAUAGAUUGGACUUUCUUCGAGGACUCAUCCAAUCCCCAGAGGCAAGAUGUGAAUGCGCUGGACCAGGAUGUAUUUUUUCCGCUAAAAACUAAAUCCAGAAGUGCUGGAAGGCCGAAAGGCAAGGGAAUAUCCUCACAGGACAAAUCAACACAACCACAUUCACUGGAAGUAAUAAUGGCACGUGAGGAGCAGCUCAUAAGUAAGGCCAAGAAGGAAACUAAGGGUCGCCUUCCAUCUCUUAGAGAAACUACACCGUUUAAAACCAAGCCCGGGGAACUGAAAAACUGCAUUGACCAACUAAGUGUGAGUCAAAUGAAUAACCAAAAUAUGUGCGAGGUAUGCAUUGAACCACAGGUGCCUUUAUCUUCUGCAGAACAGAAAGUGGAUUUUAAGAGGGUCAACGAAAAUAUCAUGGAAUCAGGUUCCCACAAUUCCGGUGGUCAGAAAAACGAGUCAGCACUCAAAAUGAUCGAGCCGGAUAGUCAAAAACUGACGGGCUUCCAUGACAUUUUUGAGAACAGAACGCACAAAAGUCUAUCGGCACACUCGGAUAAUAGUUCAGAAAACAUACAAUUUACAGCUGAACUUAAGCCACCCAAUAAUUCGGAAUGUAUUUCAAAAAUGCCUUGUCCACCUUCGAAUGUUGCAAACUUGGCUGGCCAAACACGAUCAUGUCAAUGCCCCGAAAAGGAUUGCCACAAAGAAGGCAUAAAGUCCAAGAAAGAAAACGACGUCUCAAAGUUUUUUACAAUAUUAGAUGACAAAGACAAGCUGAAAUUUCGAGUAGCAGAAUUAAUGGCUAGGUGCAUGUUUCUAGUGGAGAAUAGAACGCCGAAGGAUUCGGAAGGUAGUGCAAUCUGCAAUAAGCAUGUUGAGGAUAAGGACAAUGUUAAUAAAUUAGUUGCAGAUUUUCUGGAAUUUUGUGAGAGUCAGAAAAAGGAUGAUUGCAGGCGCUCGAAGUCAUCAAUGUUGGAAAACAGGGAGAAAGGCAUAUUAGCCAAAGUAGAUAUUAUUAUAAAGCAGUGCACACAUAUAAAGGAGGUGAUCAAAGGGGAGUCUCUGAAGAAGCAAUCUAUUAAAGAAGGUCCUUGCCAAAACAUUGAAGAAGAAUUAUGCACGGCCGGUCAGAAACAAAACUGCACCAAUGAGUGUCUGAAGAAAAUAUGUCCAGAAGGAAAGAAUGUUGUUGAAGACUUACUGAAAAAUAUAUCUGGAGAGUGCAAUAAGUCUGAUAAAUACGAGCAACAGCUAUUCAUAAAAAUGAAACGUGUAAUAGAAGAAUUGCAAAAAAAGUUAGCAGAAGACAAGACAGGCAGCAUGACAGGCAGAAGGCAAAAUCGAAAGAAUCCAUAUUCCGAAAAUAAAUGUGCAGAGAAAGAAUUCAAAAGUAAAUGUGCUGAUGAAGAACUGAUGAAAAAGUGUGCCAUUGAAGAAUUAAAGGAGAAAUGUGCUGAAGAGAAGCUAAGAGAGAUAUGUGCAGAAGAAGACCUAAAAGAAAAAUGCGCAGAAGAAGAAUUGAAGGAAAAAUGUGCCAAGGAAAGAUUAAAGGAAAAAUGUGCAGAAGAAGAAUUGAAGGAAAAAUGUGCAGAGCAAGAUUUAAAAGAAAAAUGUGCAUUGGAAGAAUUUAGGGAACUCUGUGCAGAAGAAGAAUUCAAGCAGAAGUGCGCGAAAGAAGAUUUUAUGGUAGAAUGUUCGGAAGAAAAGCUCAAAGAGAAAUGCGCGUUGCACGAAAAACAAAGGCAGCACGAAGAAUUGUCCCUAAGAAAGAGAUGUGCUGAUUUCGCCCUAAAGAAGAAGUGUGAAAAUAACAAUAAAGGAAAAGAUCCAAAAGAUCCAAAGAAAGGUUCGGACCAGAAUAGGGAUUCUAAAAAGAAAAGCGCCGAUGAAAAGUCCAAGCAGAAAUUGACCGAAAAAGAGCAAAAUGUCAGCCCAUUAGGAAAGCUAAAAAAGAAGGUUGGACUUUCGAAAAAGGGUAAUGCUAAUAUGGACAAGUUUACAUCAACAAAAGCUAGAAAAUGGUAUGAGUCCUUUGGCAGACGAAAAAUAUGCCUAGAAGCGAACACUCAAAACUGGCAGGAAACGAAUGAAGUUAAGAAGUGGCUUUUUAAACAAGGCGAACGGGGACUCAUAAAGAAGUUUUGGGACAAGGAGUACAAGGCGAAGCGAAACAAGGGACUUCAACAGAGGAAAAGCUUUCAGCUCGAAGGGUUGGGCAUCUUCUUAAGAUCUGCCCUAUCAAGGCCCAGGAGAAGACCACUUCGAGGAUUGGAAGACGACCGCUGCCUGGAUUACAGGAAGCGGUUUUUCAAUCCGCGUCAGUGGUCCCUUUUUCCCGGGCCUGUUCCUCUGAACUACAAGACCUUGCCCAUGAGGACCAACUUCUUCAUUCGCCAACUGCUUCCCGACCUGAAGCCACUGGCCAUCAACGAUUACCUGGGUGUGUACUGGCUCCAUCGCAUCACUUCUAGCCCUUUCGGCAAACGGGGCUACAAAAGGGACGAUCUCUGCAGGGGUUCGUCCUUUUUGUAUCCCUUUACUGAAAUUGGUGGAAGGAAUUGCACAGAUGACCGCCAGUAAAAGAGUAACCAGAAAAACGGAAGUGCGAAGAGAUCCAGAUGAGCUGCUAUUGUGUGAAGAUGCCAACUUACAAAUACAAUUAUUAAUUAAAAUGUAA